AUGGAUUUCUUCCUAGGCAAUUCGCGCUUCGGCAUGUACUCGACGCCCAACAUGCGAUUCGGCCACCCGCCGCUGCUCCCUGCUGUCCGGAAUUACGUGCGCACUCCUCUCCCUGCUCUGCCUCUGCCCCCUCGUCCACGAGUCAGUCGCUGGCCGUUCCAGUCAGUCGGGGGGCCUGACCAUGUGUUGGAGACCAAGGGCGCUGUCUGCAAGGAGAUCAGCAAUUUACUUGCCAGGGUAGGGAGGGACGCGGGAGAAUAUUCCUUCGGAGACUCUGCCCCCAUGCUACCGAGUCUACCUGGGAUGACGAUCAAGAAUGUUGGUCUCGUGUCACUUCCACUUCGAAAAGAAAAUGUGGCUUCACUGCAAAGCGAAGCGAGGGAAAUAAAGAAUAAGUUGUGGAUGUUGGGCCCGAGUCAAGUGGAGAUGCGGAACCCGGAGUGGAACAAAGCUAUCGAGAAGCUGAGCAAGUUGACUGCAGAGAGAUUGGGGUUUACUGAGGAUAUCAAAUUGCACCCCGAGUUGGUCAUGGUGGUGCUGUAUGGAGGAGGCAGAUUGGACGUACAGCAGGCGGUAGACCGCAGUGGCCGCAGUGUGGCGGCGCUGGAGGUCGUGUUGCCGUCGGUGUAUAGUGGAGGUGCCUUGGUGGUGGAGGAGGAAGGACCGGGCCAACCGUCUCGCUACUUGCUGGGGACAGAUGAUGGCACAGCUGAAUUUGAGCCGCACUUUGCAGUCUACGCGACGGGUGCAUACCGAGCUGUGGAGGAAGUGACGAGUGGGUAUCGCUUGGGGAUGGUGUAUGCGCUGUGCUUGCCUCCGGAUAUGCAGGGAAGUGGCGGGAAACGACCGAACGAUUUCCUGCCGAUGCAACUUGCGGAGGCUAUGAAGAAGUUGAGUGCAAACGAAGUCGCGGUAAAGCGUGAAGGUGGAACGACCACAGCUGAUACUGCCUCCGACUACUCAAUAUUUGCGCUGAUGAUUUCCAACCUACCGGAUCGCGGUUACAGAGGUGUCGACUCUCUUGUCGGUGUGGACAAGGACCGCUCUCAGCUGCUGAGUGCUGCUAAUUUGCUAAUACCACCGGAGCAAAAGCUACAAUUUUAUAUCCUGUGGGCAACGGAAAACAGCAACAGUUUCCAUGAACUGGAAAGGUUUUGUAUCGUUGGAUGGCCAAAGACCAAUGAUUUCAGGAACGUGGUGACAUGGAUCGGCGAAUCUGCUAUUGCAGCUUUCGUUCUUGCGGAUGGCCCCGUUGACGGGGACAGGCUUCGCAGUCUUUUUCGUUUCGAAGCGGAGCAGCACCACUUAAAAAAGGUGGAAGUUCUCAAUCCAUACCUACAACAGCUUGCCAAGUGUGUUUCCGAGUUAGGCGAUCCGACUCUCGCUGAUGAUUUUUUUAAGUUGUAUUUUCCGCGACUGCAAAAGACUCGUCAGACGAUUCCAGUUGUUGCUUUGCUCCUGCGGAAUGCCGGAUGGGAAGCCGUCACGGCUUCUGUCAUAUCUGCCGUUGAUCAGCUGGACAACCCAAUGGGUAUGGCGUUGAGGUUAUCGGAGGCGGUGAAGGGCUUACCUGCUCGAGCAGUUCUUCUUUCGUUUGCAAUUGAGAAGGCUCGAGCUACAAUGAGAAGGCAACCAGUACCUCCGUCAUUCAUUGUUGAUUUUCCUUUGCUCUGGAGGGCAGUAACGGAAUGCAACAACUCGCACAUCUUUCGCAGCCUGGUGGCUGCGAUCUCAAAGUUGAACGCCGAUAUGUUGGGGGUAUACACAGAAUCACUACUCGUUUGCGCCCAACUAUCUCGUUUUCCAGAGCAUCGUCAAGCGCUGGUUGCAAUCGCUUCUCGCCGUCUUGACUGGUUAGCUGGGCUGGCUACACCGGAGUGGAAAAUCUCGCAAGUCACAUUUCCUGACGCUAGAGAGAUAUCGUCUUUUCUGCAAGGACCGCUAACUACCUUGGUUAUUCGCGGAUUCGAUACCCUUGCAGCUGCGCGCGUUCGGGUGGCAUUGCUCCAGAAAAACAUUACGGGGUCUCUGACUAUUUCCGCUAGGGCCCGCGGGAAUUUCGCCAUCGUGCAACUUGUGAAGUUUGCUGUCGUGCACACGGAGGAAAUUGCUCGGUUACAGCUUUUAUUGCGUAAAUGUGGUCGAACGGGGACUGAGAACAUCGACAGCAGCAACAUCACGAUUGGGCAAAAGCGAUCAAGGGAGGGUUUCACAAGCAGUGCAUAA